AUGUGGUCCGCUCGCCGACGCGCCAGCCUCUCCUGCUCUGCUUCUUCGUCCUCCAACAAAUCUGGAAAGGACGAGGAGAACCAGGCCGUGAAGGAAGUCGAGAGGCUGCUCGAAGAGAAGAGGCGAGCCGAGCUGGCAGCCCGCAUCGCCUCUGGUGAUUUCACCGUUCAGCAGUCUGGGUACGUGUCUUUUCUCGUUGAUUUUGUUCCUUGGUUGGGGCCAAUUUAUUUUUCUUCCUGUUUAACGAUGAAUCUGGUGGUAUCUUUUCUGUGGAAUUUUUAGCUUCGUUUCUCUGUUGAGGAACGGCCUAUUAAAACUUGGAGUUCCGGGGAAACUCCUCGAUGAUCUAUUUUCGGGUACGAACGACAAGGUGUUGAAAAUUCCUCAGGCGAGUGGAUCACUGGCUGCUGUCGGAGCGCAGGCCUUCUUCAUCCCUCUCUACGACCUUUUCCUGACAUACGGCGGGAUCUUCCGCCUCGUCUUCGGUCCGAAAGUAAUGGCUGAUUGUUAUACCUCUGUAUUUGUCGAUCUUUACCAUAAAACAUAGCGUUAGUUUCUUCUUACUGGUCCCAUCAAUUGUUGCUAACAGUCGUUCCUGAUAGUCUCGGAUCCCGCCAUAGCAAAGCAUAUACUGAGGGACAAUUCCAAGUCCUAUUCCAAGGUACUAGUUCUCUUGUUUUUCCAACUACUUGAUCAAGUUCGCGGUUGUUUCCCUUAUUCUAAUUCUUUUUCGUAUCGAAUAGUGUCAUGUGGGUUAAUCCUUUCAUGCAGGGAAUACUAGCAGAAAUCCUAGAGUUCGUGAUGGGCACUGGCUUGAUACCAGCCGAUGGUGACAUAUGGCUGGCAAGAAGAAGAACGGUUGUUCCAGCAUUACAUCAGAAGGUAACUGACUCCUUUUGACUUGUAUAUGGGAUCCCUUCCACCUGAUAGAUGCGUGGAAUUUUUCUUCAUCCUGAUAUUUUUCCUCAAAUGGAUAUUAUUUCUCUCUGAUAUUUCAUUUAUGGUUUUAUCCUUCACUCUCCAGUAUGUUGCCGCUAUGAUUCACCUCUUUUGCAAUGCAACCAAUAGACUCUGCCAGAAGCUGGAUUCUGCCGCUUCAAACGGUGAAGAUGUAGAAAUGGAGUCCAUCUUUUCUCGCUUGACAUUGGAUAUCAUUGGGAAGGCAGUCUUCAACUAUGAGUUUGAUUCUUUGACAAAUGACACAGGAAUAGUUGAGGUGCUGAUUUAUCUUCUUGUUUCUUCAUAUCCUCUGUCAGAUUAUUCUCACACUAACUGAACCUUUUUCAUUGGUUGACUUUCUAUACCAUGCAUUUUUUCAUGUGCCUGAUGAUUAGGCAGUUUACACUGUGUUGCGGGAAGCAGAAAUGCGAAGUAUGUCUCCUAUUCCCACCUGGGAGAUUCCUAUAUGGAAAGAUAUUUCACCUAGGCAGAGGAAGGUUUCGAUAGCCCUCAAGUUGAUCAAUGACAAUCUUGAUUCCCUCAUUGCCAUCUGCAAGGUAACCUCGUCCUCAUUCAAUGUACGAUUAAUUAGAGAAAAAAAAGCUUACUCUAUCAUACCCGGAACCUGGUUGAAAUAAUCUAGACACCUUGUUGGUUAAUCUUAGUAGGUUCAAGUGGCAUCACGAUGAGCAGUAGUUAUGAUAAACUACUUUAAAUGGUUGCUUAUUGUGAUAUGUUGCUUCAUAAACAUAUUGGUUUUGGAAAUUCGCAUCAUUAUAUCGAGGCAUAACCUUUAACAUGCUAAAUAUCUGCUAUGGGGAAAACAAAAGUCCUCAGACUAUAUAGAUUGCGUGAACCGCAGGUCCCACAGCUAACUCUAUGUUGUGUUUUGUUGAUGACCUUCUUCCUCUCUUCUUUAACCUUUCAGUCAGAGGUAUACCAGUCAUCUCUCAUCUCUUUCCUUUUUUUGAUAAAUUUUAUCCCCUCUUCACUUCUAUCGCUGAUCAAUAUCAAGAGAUAGUCUUCCAUUUUGUUUAAACCCAGGAAAAUUCUGUGAGGUUUUCUCAAGAAAGAGUUUUAAUUGAAAAAUUGCUGAACUUGCCCUAGUAAUACUACUCUUAUCUGUGCCACAGGCAUUUUUUCCUGGAAAAUUUGACCUCAUCAUUAUAAGAGUAUGACGAGAUCUUUUGGUUCUCACUUGUUAUAUGCUCAUAAGAAUAGGUCAAAUGUCUUUGAAGUCUGAUUAUUACUUGGACUCGUCCUUUCCAUUUUCCAAGUUAAAAAGGGUGCCUUUCACUUAGUAACGCAUUAUUGAAAAUUUUUGACCGCAAAAUUUAAAUUAAUUUAUUGUUGUGCUUCAGCUGUAGCCCUAAUCGACAUCUAGAAAAAGAUUAGCCUCCCUAUUAUUUUGAGAUAACAUUGUUAGAAAUUGGGAUCAAGUUUACUCUCGGAGCUUCAGGUUAAAAAGGGACAAAAUGUGUCACUGUCUGGAUGCUUCUCUUGGGUUCUGGGGGGAGAGGAACCAGGUUGAGGACCAUCUUUGGCGGAUACCCUUUCCCAAACCGAAACCUCUGUGAUGAACAUAAGGAACUAAACUGUAUGGGAAUGUGAUAGAGGUGAAUGACCCAAUGUCAACGAGGAAGAAGGUCAUGCAAGUGAGUGUAGUUUUGGUAAUACUGGUUUAAGGCGCUCGACUUAUUGGAAGGCUAUUAGGUUUGAAUAUUGUUUUAAAAUAUAUUAUCUGUUUAGGCUCAACAUACCUGCAGAGGAACGCAAAAGAAAUUUGCCAAUGGGUUUUUUUACCCCUUCCUCCUUUAGUUUCUUGUUUCAUUUCCCGACUGUUAGUUUCUUUGACAAGGAUAAUAACUUAUUUCUGAAAGUUUGUUUGUUUUCUGUAUUUCUAUAUAGUAGUCGUGCAUGCUUCUGUCUUUGAAUGAAACGUCAGCUUCUGGUUUCUAAAUGGGUAUAGAGACGACAUGUGUGGCUUGCUUAUCUCAACCGUUGACUGUAUUUGUUCUCAGUUUUCGAUUUUUUGUUCAUUUGCUAUGCAGAAAAUGGUAGAUCAGGAGGAGCUUCAGUUUCACGAGGAAUACAUGAAUGAGCAAGAUCCCAGCAUUCUUCACUUUCUAUUGGCAUCAGGCGAUGAUGUAUUCCCCUUCACAUUUUAUAGUUCAACCCACCCUAAAAUCGUAUACAUUUGAACGUAAAUCUCAGUCAGCUGAACUCCCUCUUCUUACUAGGUUUCAAGCAAACAGCUCCGUGAUGAUUUAAUGACAAUGCUUAUAGCUGGUCAUGAGACAUCUGCAGCAGUGCUGACUUGGACCUUUUAUCUUCUUUCCAAGGUACGCUUUUCAUCCAUUUAAGGUUAUCAAGCAUGAGUUAUUUGAUUUUCACUUCCCUUUAUCUCUCUGACAGCAAUUUUACUGAAAUAGUUGAAUAAUUUCGGAUGAUUUCAUUCAGACGGUGAAACGUGGUGUACUUCAGAUCAUGCCAUUUCUGAAAAUGUACCACACCCAGUCCCCUCUCCUGUAUGGAUGAUCAUCUGUUACCACUCAUCUGAUAUUCACCUCUUGAUCAUAUCGAUUGGAUCUCUGCAUCCCACGAAGGAGAAACCAGGGAGUGUUGCCUGUCUCUCUUCUUGUCCCCUGAUCACUGCUGAGUCAACCUUGAUCCUUUUGCCAGCAGCAGAGUGGGAAUCUUGAACGGGCACGGUCAACUCAAUGCUCUCUUUUCCAUUUGUCAUGAACUCGUUCCGUAUCGUGUGUGAGAUUUACUCUUCCCAUGAACAGAUUGCUUCUCUAUAGAAACCAUGUAAUAUAUAACUACUGGGACGUAUGUUACUGGUAGAUUUGCUUAAGAUCCCUUCCUUCUGCCGUGCAAAGAACAGCAGGUCAACUGUUUGACCGCAUGAACGAGCCCCAUAUCCACCGAAUCAAAAUUCUUAUAUUCUUUUUUACGUCAGAAUAUAACGCUGGUGGAACAGCUGACAGAAAUUAUGUGCCCAUUGUCCACAGGAGCCCGCCGUCAUGUCCAAGCUCCAAGAAGAGGUUAGUAUUUACAUAGAUGUGGGAAUAUCUGCAGCAUGGGUCUAAGAUCUUGGGCCAUGGUUUCUUUCUAGGUGGAUAGCGUACUGGGAGACCGAUUUCCGACCAUGGAAGACAUGAAAAAGCUCAAGUAUACCAGCCGCGUCAUCAGUGAAGUGGGCGCGGUCAACUCCUCCUUUUCUUCUCUUUCUUUGAAAAAUCCCGUUGACUAAAAUGGAUCUUCUCUCUCGGCAGUCACUCAGGCUCUACCCACAGCCGCCGGUUCUGAUUCGCAGAUCCAUCAAGGAUGAUGUUCUUGGAGGGUACCCCAUAAAGAGGUGGGGCAGUCGAUCCGGCGAGAACUCCCACUUUCCUGGAAUAUUUUCAUUUCUUCGGAGAUCGAUCUAAGUUGAUGUAAUUAAUCACAGGGGGGAGGACAUUUUUAUCUCGGUCUGGAACCUGCACCGGAGCCCCAAUCACUGGGCCGAGCCGGAGUCCUUCAAUCCCGAGAGGUGGCCGCUGGACGGUCCCAAUCCCAACGAGAUCAACCAGAAUUUCAGGUUUUUUUCUUUCUUCUUUUUUUAAAAUUAAAAAAAAUAAAUCAAAGACCGGGUUCUUCCCUCUUCCAGCUGAAUUCCAGCUGACUUCCAGCUGACUUCCAUCUGCCUUCUCAGCUACCUGCCGUUUGGCGGAGGGCCGAGGAAGUGCAUCGGGGACAUGUUUGCCUCCUUCGAGGUGAAGAUCGAGCCAGUGUGGAGCUAAAACCUUUCCUUAAUUGGGUCUCCCCUAAUCUCCCUCUCUCCCUCUCUCUCUCUCUCUCUCUCUCUCUCUCUCUCUACAACAGGCCAUAGUGGCGGUGGCUAUGCUGGUGCGGCAGUUUGACUUCCAUAUGGCCCCCGGAGCGCCACCGGUAAGCCCAUCCUCCCUCCUUCCCCUCCAUCGCCGGCUGCGUUAACUAGAGUAGUUUUUACCCUGAAAAACGCAGGUGGAGAUGACCACCGGAGCCACCAUCCACACCACCGAGGGCCUGAAGAUGACCGUCACCCGCCGGACCCGGGCUUCGAUCAUCCCCGACUUGGGCGUCAGGAUAGCCCAAGUCAUCGGUGAUCCCGAAGUCAAGCCCUCCCUAGUCUUCGGGCCCACCCCGGCACAGACCGAGGUCUCUACUGCAAGCUCGUAG